AUGCACUCGCCUAAGCUCUUCGAGGAUGUUUUCGCAGGAUGGGCUCCGAUGGGGGAUAUAAUCAGCGAAGGAUUGAGCGAGAAAGACCUUCUUGUGAUAUGCAGUGCAAUUUCAGAGACUCUUUCCGAGCACGGUAUAAUCUCCCGGGGUGAUUCCAUAACCGACGACUUGGAGGACUUUCUGUACGAUGUUCUCGAGGAAUUCGGGGUCUCCGUGGCCGAGGACAUUCUGGGGGAGCUUCUCCAAAAGAUCCUGCACGCUCACAAUGGCGCUGUCCGUGGAAGAAGCACAUAA